GCCAGGAUUCGAAGCUCGCGCUCAAUGUCUAGCGUUUACUGCAGAAUGUGGCUUUAGGAAGAAACCGGUGUAACGACAGAGCGACGGGACAGUUAUCAUUGUACAGUGUUCAGAUAUCGCGUGGCACAUAUUUUCCCAGCCCAAGAAAAGAGCAGUCUGCGCUCCAUUUUCGCUACCAGUGACCUGUCAUCGCUGUGGGGACUGUCGGUAUGUCUGAUGAAAGAUAUUCAGCGUUGGAUGAAUCGUCUCUCCGGAACCUGCUGGAUGGGACGGUGGACAUGGACGAGCGGCGGCUGAUCCGCUCGGCGAUCCGUGAGCUGCGGCGGCGGGAGAUCGAGGACAUGGAGGCGGCGCUGUCCAGCAAGCGCUUCCGCCCCGCCCGCCAACACCUGCACCUGCGCGAGGACAAGGAGAACCAGCUCAGUUCUGUCUCUCUGGACCAACUCUCUGGCAAACUGCAGAACAUCCAGGACAUUGAGGAGCUAACUGUACUGCUGCGUGGUGCCAGCGAGUACGAGGAGAGGAAGCUGAUCCGGGCGGCCAUCCGUCAGCUGCGGGACGAGGAGCUGCGGGGAGCCUCAGAGAAGGUCAGGGGGAUGGGACGCCGUCCCGAACCUGAAACAGCAGAGCUGCACAGUGCCCUGGGGACAGUGGACCGUGCCAGAGACAGCCUGGGGGAGCGAGAGCAGAUCCGGUCACAGAUUCGGGAGCUGAGAAGCCAGCAGUCCCUGAGCAGAGAGCUCCAGCGCGCAGACUCGAACUCAGGCAUGGUGCUGGUCCUGGACACUCUGGGAAAGGAGGACACUCCCGCCCCCCUGAUGGGGCGCCAGCGGCUGGAUUCGGGCACCUCCGACUCAGACCUGGUCCCGCCCCAGCGGCAGCGGCUGGAUUCUGGGGCUUCUGACCGGAGCUUGGGGUCCGUACCCCGACCCCGCCUGGAUUCGGGGGCUUCAGAGCGCAGCCUGGGUUUGGCCCCCCGGGGCCGGCUGGACUCCGCCGGCUCCCAGCCCCGCCCCAGGCAGAGGGCCGACUCCGACGGGACGUCCGACGGCGGCCUGGGCCCGCUCCCGCGCCAGCGGUCCGGCUCCGGGGCGUCCGACGGGAGCUGGUCGUCACGGAGACGGCUGGAUUCGGGCACCUCGGACCUGAGCCGGGGCGUGUCCUCGUUCGGCCAGGCUGCCGUGGCGACGACGAGCAGCAGCUCCAGCACGGACUCGGACCCGGAGAGCGCCGAACUCGGGCCGGUCCCGCCCCCGGCCCCGCCCCCGGCCCCGCCCGGCGACGACAGCUCCACCACGGACACCGACCGCGAGCAGCCCGACGGGGCCGUCCUCUCCAGGAAGCUCCCCGGUUCCCAUGGCAACCUGAUGAAUGGCGGCUCGAAGCUGAGGGACGGCGCGCAGGAGCAGAAGACCUCGCUGGGCAGAGACGGCCGCUUCGCUUCUCUACACAACGGCAGAGAGAUCGUGUCCAACAGGAAAGACCCGCCCCCCCCCCCCUCCUCCUCGCCCUCCCCCUUCACGCGGGCCAGCUCCGUGCGCGACCGCGUGCGCAAGUUCACCGAAAGGAGCCCCAGCAGCACCGGCGGCGGGGGGGCGCCCCUGAAGAGGGGGGGCGGCUCCCUCAGAAACGGGGUGUCCUCCCAGGCCGGCAGCCAGACUCCCGUCUCCAGGGCGACCAGGCUGUUUGGGGAGCCGGCACGGGACGAGAGGCGAGAGGGGCUCACCGCCACCGCCACCGCCACCACCGCUGGUCCCCGGAGACCCCGCAUCGGGUCUUACCCUUCCUCCUCCUCCUCCUCCUCCUCCUCGUCUUCCUCAGAGAGCAUCGAGGGUGUGCUCCAGGGACAGCCCGCCCAGCAGCAGCAGCAGCAGCAGCAGCAGCCUCCCCCCGCCGGCCAAUCGCAGAGCUCGGUGGGCGGGGCCCCGGGCCGGGCUGAAAAGCCGGACCCCCCCUCUCCGGGCUCAGAGGACGAGCAGACCACAGGCGCAGGAGCAGCGGACAGCACCGCCACCGGCCAGGCAGAGGCAGAGGAAGACCGCGCCGACGACAUGAAGACCUUCUUCACCAUCGAGAUCAAGGACGGGCGCAGCGGCGGCACCGUGGCGGCCCCCCGGGUCAGCGCCAACGCCGCGCCCCCCCGGGUCACCGCCAACGCCGCUGGGCAGCGGGCAGAACUGACCCUGGGCCUGAGGGCAACGCCAUUCAAGAUAUCCUCUUCCAGCCUUUCAUCUGGCUCCUCCUUCAAGAUCGAGGCGGAGCCUGUGGUGGGGGCGGAGCCUUCCAGCCUGACCGCCAGCGAGGCCCCGGCCGCCGUGCCCAACGGCGCCUCUGAGGGGCGGGCCCGACCGGCGGCGGGCGCCACCAAGCUGACCGCCGAGCAGCUGGCCACCAUCGAGGACGAGGAGGUCCUGGAUAAGAUGCUGGACGAGUCCAAAGACUUUGAGGAGCGGAAGCUGAUCCGGGCCGCCAUGCGGGAACUGCGCAAGAGAAAGAGAGAGGCUCUGCUGGGAUUGUCCCAAGAGGAAACGGACCAGAGGGAGCGGGAGCGGGAGUCUCGCCUGCAGGACCUGCGGCAGCAGCGGGAGGCUCGGGGACGGCCAGGAGGGGGCGCCGUGGAGGUGGUGACGAAGAAGGCCGAAAAGUCGGCCGACGGCUCCACCGUCAGUCAGCUGACCAAGACGGACCGCUUCGCCCAGUCCGAUGAUGGUAGCCGUUCCUCCAGAAGCACCUGCACAGAGGCCAGCUACGUGCAGAAAUCCGACAAGGGGACGGUACAGACGAAAUCCUACAGCUACUCCUCCAGCUCCAGCUCCAGCUCCAGCAGUAAGAAAGUGGGCAGCGUGUUUGACCGCGAGGAUGACUCCUCUCCGCGUGGCGGGGGCGGGGGGGGGCUGGCCGCCCUGGACCGUCGGCAGGCCGAGCGGCGGAAGGAGCUGAUGAGGGCGCAGACGCUCCCCAAGACCUCGGCCGCGCAGGCCCGCCGGGCCAUGAUCGAAAAACUGGAGAAAGAGAGCGGGAGCCCGGCGAACGCGGCGGUGUCCCGGGUCAGCAAGGUGCAGCGCUCCACCAGCUUCGGCGUUCCCAACGCCAACUCCAUCAAGCAGAUGCUGCUGGACUGGUGCCGGGCCAAGACGCGGUCCUACGAGAACGUGGACAUCCAGAACUUCUCCUCCAGCUGGAGCGAUGGCAUGGCCUUCUGUGCGCUGGUGCACAACUUCUUCCCCCAGGCCUUCGACUACGACUCCCUCAGCCCCAGCAACCGCAGACACAACUUCGAGGUGGCCUUCGGCACGGCAGAGGCUCUUGCUAACUGCAUGCCGCUCGUGGAGGUGGAGGACAUGAUGAUCAUGGGCAAGAAGCCCGACCCCAAGUGCGUCUUCACUUACGUGCAGUCGCUGGUCAACCACCUCCGUCGGUAUGAGAUGACCCGCCAGGCCUUCGCUGACCUCUGACCUUUGAACUCCCCGCCCCCACCCACCCACUGAUGGCUCUCCGCUCCCCUUCCUUGGACAGUGGACAAAAAAAAAAAACCACAAUUUAUAAUCUGCCAAACCUCUUGCCC